CAGUUCCUUCUGCCCUCCCACCCCAACCUCCCCCGACCCCUCGAAAUUUUUUAUUUUAUUUUUCUUCAAUCUUCUAUUCAUUUUCUCGAUCGUUUCUGGUCUGGAUUCCUGUGAUUUCCGGCGAUUUAUCCUUAUUUAUUACUUCUAUCCUCUUACUAUCUUACCUGAAAAACCAAAAAAAAUUCCCGUGAAAAAAAAUCUUCAUAGACUCAGUUUGGAGUUUUUAGGGUUUAGUGUGGGAAUCUUGAGGGGCGUUUGUAUGUUUUUAUCUUUAUUUGAAAAUCUCAGAGGAAAAAAAAUCUCAAAAAAAGAAGUUUGAGAAUCAAUGGCACAAAUUCAGGUUCAGAAUCAGGCUUCUGCGGUGGGUCCUAAUGGUGUUCCGGCUGGCGCUGGUGGUGCUAACCAGUUUGUGGCGACGUCUCUCUAUGUUGGAGAUCUGGAGCAGAGCGUCACCGACUCGCAGCUUUACGAUCUGUUCAACCAGCUGGGUCAAGUCCUGUCGGUUAGGGUUUGUAGGGACUUGGCUACACGCCGAUCUCUUGGUUAUGGUUAUGUCAACUAUAGCAACCCCCAGGAUGCCGCAAGGGCAUUGGAUGUAUUGAACUUCACUCCAUUAAAUAACAAGCCUAUAAGGAUUAUGUAUUCUCAUCGGGACCCUAGUAUUAGAAAGAGUGGGACCGGAAAUAUAUUUAUCAAGAAUUUGGAUAAGGACAUUGACCACAAAGCAUUACACGAUACUUUUUCCUCUUUUGGCAAUAUUCUUUCUUGCAAAGUAGCCACGGAUGCAUCUGGGCAGUCCAAAGGCUAUGGGUUUGUACAAUUUGAUAGUGAGGAAUCAGCUCAGAGUGCAAUAGAUAAGUUGAAUGGAAUGUUGCUUAAUGAUAAACAAGUGUUUGUAGGGCCUUUUCUUCGUAAGCAAGAGAGAGAUAGUGUUUCAAGUAAGGUGAGGUUCAACAAUAUAUAUGUGAAAAACCUAUCAGAAUCUACGUCAGAUGAAGAUUUGUCGAAUUUUUUUGGUGAAUUUGGGACAAUUACUAGUGCUGUUGUCAUGAGAGAUGGAGAUGGAAAAUCAAAGUGCUUUGGUUUUGUAAACUUUGAGAAUGCAGAUGAUGCUGCUAAUGCUGUUGAGGCAUUGAAUGGGAAGAAAAUUGAUGACAAGGAGUGGUAUGUAGGAAAAGCUCAGAAAAAAUAUGAGAGAGCCCUUGAACUGAAAGGACGAUUUGAGCAAACUAUGAAGGAAGUUAAUGACAAAAAUCAUGGUGUCAAUUUGUAUGUCAAGAACUUGGAUGAUAGUAUUGAUGACGAAAAACUCCAGGAACUAUUCUUGGAGUUUGGUUCAAUUACUUCAUGCAAGGUUAUGCGUGACCCUAACGGAGUUAGUAGAGGUUCUGGUUUUGUUGCAUUCUCUACCCCUGAAGAAGCAUCUCGAGCUCUUGCAGAGAUGAAUGGUAAAAUGAUCGUCAAUAAACCCCUUUAUGUUGCACUUGCCCAGCGGAAAGAAGAGAGAAGAGCAAGGUUGCAGGUUCAGUUUUCACAAAUGAGGCCAGUUGCAAUGACUACUUCAGUAGCUCCUCGUAUGCCCAUGUACCCACCUGGUGCUCCAGGUCUUGGCCAACAAUUUUUAUAUGGGCAAGCACCCCCAUCUAUAAUGCCUCCACAAGCUGGAUUUGGUUAUCAGCAGCAACUUGUGCCUGGUAUGCGGCCUGGUGGGGGUCCAAUGCCAAACUUCUUUGUUCCAAUGGUGCAGCAAGGUCAGCAGGGUCAGCGUCCAGCUGGUCGACGUGGUGCAGGGCCUGUCCAACAUUCCCAGCAACCUGUGCCAUUAAUGCAGCAGCAUAUGCUUCCACGGGGACGUGUAUAUCGUUAUCCACCAGGUCGCAAUGUACAAGACGUUCCAAUUCCUGGUGUUGCAGGUGGAAUGCUUCCUGUAUCAUAUGACAUGGGUGGCAUGCCAAUGCGAGAUGCAGGACAGCCAAUGCCAAUCACGGCUUUGGCUACAGCCCUGGCAAAUUCUACACCUGAACAGCAAAGGACGAUGCUGGGAGAAGCUUUGUAUCCCUUAGUGGAUCAGUUGGAGCAUGACUCGGCCGCUAAGGUAACAGGCAUGCUUCUGGAGAUGGACCAGACUGAGGUUUUGCAUCUGCUUGAGUCACCAGAUGCUUUAAAGGCGAAAGUUGCAGAGGCCAUGGAGGUUCUGAGAACUGUUGCUCAACAGCAGGCUAACUGCCCAGCUGAUCAACUGGCCUCAUUGUCACUAAAUGACAACCUUGUUUCUUGAGUGUUUGCUUUUGAUUGGAAGUGGUGGCACUUGAUUUUGUUACUAUUUUGACGUCCUUUGAUUGGGGACUUGCUGUGUGCUGUAUUCCAAACUGUAGUACUUCUCAACUUUUAAUUUGUGUUGUGGGAUUCUAAUUGUUUCAACAACGGUGAUUUUGUUUUUCCGAGAAAAAGGAAGCUAGAUUGUAUUCUCA